AAUGUUGAGUCCCUCUCAUUCUCAUUGGUGCCUCCCGCUACUUCGAACCUUCUUUAUUUGGAGUUUCUCUCAACUACUUCUCACUCAUCUCUUCCCUUUCGUUGUUUCUCUGUUGAAAGCUCCCCUUUCACUGGUUAUUGCUGGAAGCUUCUAGAUAGUUGCUUCUCUCUCACUGUUUCUUGCUUGAAGUUUCCACUGGCUAUUUCUGCCUUGAAGUUUCUCGCUCACUGCUUCGAUUGGCCUUUAGAAAU